UGUUUUGAUCCAUCAAUUCCAUACCUGAAUUAGUUUUGCACACAGAGUUUGCAGUUAUAUUAAUAUUUCAUUUGCUUAAACAGUAAUAUUAAAUUUAAAAUUAUAUUUAAACUUCUACUCUCAAGUCAAAUUUACGGAAUUUCUUCGUAAUUUGAAACUUCGUUUAUGAAAUGUCUCUUUCAACGUUGAAAGGAAAGCCGAUCUCUAUCUUGAAGAUUACCAAGGAGAAAGUUACCAUUGACACGCAGGCUAUAAAAUCCAUCCUUGAAAAGAUUGGGAACCACCAUUUCGUAAUCUACUCGAUCAAUGGGCCCAAACGGACUGGAAAGAGUUUCAUGCUUUCGAAUUUUAUUCGACAUCUGAAUCAGCAAAGUACUGGGAACCAGGGGAACGACUGGGUUUUGAAUUCUGGAGAUAUGAACAAUUUUACUUGGAGGGGCGGAUCUGAACGUCAAACGACAGGAAUUGAUGUGUGGUCAGAGCCCUUUUGGACCACAAACAAGGGGCGUCGAAUCGCAGUCCUUCUAAUGGACACGCAGGGGUCAUUCGACGACCAAACGACUAUGCAGCAGAACGCGAUCAUUUUUGCCAUCUCGACCCUCCUCUCGUCCGUCCUCAUCUUCAAUAUCAAGAACGACGUGGGGGAAGAUGUGCUCCAGUUUUUCCAAUUCUUCUCCAGCUUUGCCACCCUGACUAUCCCACAAGUCGAAGGGGACUCAGCGAGUUUGGGGCAUGGGUCCGGUGCCUUCCAAAAACUGGUCUUCCUCAUCAGAGAUUUUCAGUUUGUGCAAGACUACGAGUUUGGAUUCUACGACGAUAGUAAUGUUCCUCAAAGGCAGGAUCGGAGAAAGAAUUAUAAAAAGGAUAAGUUGGACUCGAACCCUGACCAACCGACGGAAGUGCGAUUCACCCAUGAUCAAGUUGUCCAAAGCUAUCGGGAUGUCGGCGUCUAUCUCAUGCCCGAACCUGACAAGGGUUUAAAACAACGCGACACACUGGACAACCUCGACCCGGAAUUUGCCACCCAUGUCGCCGAUUUCAUCACCCUCAUGCUAUCUCCAGCUCAUUUAGUCACAAAGCAAAUGGGUGGCGUUGAGGUCACAGGGUUCGAAAUGAUUAAAUACAUCAAAUCCUGGGCCACUCUGUUUGAUGGCAACGAGCUCCCAGAAAUCAAAAGCGUCUACCACUCCGCAGCAGAGAGCCAAUUCAUCAUCGCCAAACGUUUGUCGCUAACGUUCUAUGCGACCGAAAUGGAGAAAUUUAUUCAACACAAUUCCUUCGGCGUGGGUGAGCCUGCAUUAGUGAAGAAACACUCUGAGCUGGUCAAGGAAUGCUUCGCCAUUUAUAAGAGCAAAUCCAAACUGGGUGGUGCAAACAUGGAUGCCAAAUUUAGCGAAGAAUUUGCCGCGGAGUCAGAUCCUCUUUUUGCCACAUAUAAGUCCGUUAACGACAAUAAGUUGCAGGCACAAGAGAGGGAGCGGAAACUACAGCGCGAAAUUGAAGCUGAGAGGAAGGCGAAUCAUGAUUUGAAGGCUGCCGUAGAGGCACAAAAUAAGCAACAAGAACGUGCACAGAAGGAGGCGAAAGAAAGAGACCUGGAAUUUCAAAGGCAGUUGAACCGUCAAAAAAUGUUACAACUUUUCCAAGACCUACUAGUACCAGUAGUGGCUGGAACUGUGGCAACUGCUUAUGUUGCAAAGAGUGGAUCCCCAAAUAUGUUGGGGGCAGCAAUGGGGGGUGGGUUACUUCCUGGGCUGCGAAUGGAGGACAGUUUUGCAUCUGGGAGGAACACGAGCAAUAAUCCGAGGUGGCAGGAUUCAAGAGGAAGAGAGAUGGCGUUUCAAAGGACGCUGGAUCGUGCGAAUAGGCCGGGGUUUCCCGGCCCUCAAAUGGGUGCCAGCAGCAGUAGCGAGUUCUUGUCCUGCACCAGUUAACAUUGGUAGAAUCGAAGUUAAGGGUUUUCAAAAUUUGUCCAGUCAACUGAAGCCAAUUUAAUGAUUUUCACAAUAUCAAUCAUUAUUCCAACUUCAAAUCGUCGUUUUACGUAGAUUAAAUUUAGUUUAGCCUCGUGUAAUUUUUAUAAUUAUGUAUAAUGUUUUAAAUAAAAGGUUGACAUUUCCUAAAAUAAAUUUGUAUGUAUGUGCGUAAAUCAUGGACAAAUGUAUCUGUUUGAGUUUACAAUUUCUUGGUUCAAAUACGUGUUACAUAAUUUAAAGCAUUAGCAUAACUCAUAAAUUAUUAUAAUAAUUUACUAUAUAUAGUAACCUCACAUGAAUAUAUA